UAAGCUCAAAGUUUUUCCCACUUUAUUUUCAAAAAGAAGUUGUGAAUCAACAAAUCAUUGUGAAUAAAAUAAUUAUUGUGAAUUAUUUCGAAAGCAUUCCAAAUUUUCGAAAUACAGUUCAUUGCAAACCACAAUCAACUUCAACCAAAAACAAAUCUGUCAACCUGUCAUUCCAAAAAUGGCGUUUAAGUUGGUGUGUUGUCAUCGGCUUCGGCUAUUAGAAAUCCUAAUUUUUACAAUUUUAUUAGUUUGUCAAUUAAACAUUGCAAAUGGCAAUGUGAACCAACAAGUGCAUAGACGUUUCGAAUACAAAUAUUCGUUCAAACCUCCAUAUCUAGCGCAACGGGAUGGAACUGUGCCCUUUUUUGAGUACGGUGGAAAUGCCAUCGCGAGUUCAGAGAGUGUGAGGGUGGCCCCAUCACUUCGAAGCCAAAAGGGUGCCAUUUGGACCAAAUCGCCAACAAAUUUUGACUUUUGGGAAAUCGAAGUCGUUUUUCGUGUAUCCGGUCGCGGUCGAAUUGGAGCCGAUGGUUUGGCAGUUUGGUAUACAUCACAGAAGGGAGAUUACAAUGGCGAUGUGUUCGGUUCGUCAGACAGCUGGAACGGAUUGGGUAUUUUCUUUGAUUCGUUCGAUAAUGAUAACAAGCACAACAAUCCUUACAUUAUGGCUGUUCUCAAUGACGGAACAAGGAAAUUUGACCAUCAAAACGACGGAACAACUCAAUUACUUGCUGGCUGUUUACGGGACUUCCGAAAUAAGCCGUUCCCAACCAGAGCGCGUAUUGAAUACUACAAAAACACUUUAACCGUUCUGUUCCACAACGGUAUGACCAACAACAACGAUGAUUAUGAGAUGUGCUUACGGGCGGAAGGUGUAAUUUUACCGAAAAAUGGUUAUUUCGGUAUAUCUGCCGCUACCGGCGGUCUGGCUGACGAUCAUGAUGUGUUCCAUUUCUUAACGACAUCGUUGCACGAGCCUGGUCAAAUUACUGAAACAAUGAAGUUGCCCGAAGCUGAAUCCGUCAAAUUGAACCAAGAGUAUGAGGACUAUCAGAAAAAAAUGGACGUUCAACGUGAAGAAUAUCGCAAAGAACAUCCGGAAGCGAAGAAGGACGAUGAAGAGGACUGGUUUGAAAGUGACAAUCAGAGGGAAUUGCGACAGAUUUAUCAAUCACACAGUCAUAUGACCGAUGUGCUUCGAGACUUGUCGCGCAAGAUGGAUGAGGUUAUCGGUCGUCAGGAGAAAACGUUGGGUCUGUUGUCAAUUAAUGCUCAAGGCGGGGUUCAACCUCAAAUACAAACAGGCGGUGCUCCACCACCUCAACAAGCUUAUACUGGCGACGCACUUCAACGACAUGAGAUCAACACAAUCAUCAAUAAUCAGAACAUGUUCCUGAACACUGUUCGUGAAAUCAAAACGCUUGUGCAAAAUGUGCAAACUCGAACGGAUAGCAUCAUUCAAAAUCAAUCGAGACAACCAACCGCACAGAUACAGGGUGGUGGUGGUGGUGGAUACGACGUCCAAAGUUUGAUUGUUGAAAUGAGGGAUGGUCUCAAUCAAGUAAAAUUGGGCGUUGCAGCUGUUGGACAAAAAAUCAAUCCACAAGCACAGACUGGCGGUUGUCCUACGAAUAAUUGUUUGGGACUUACUGCGUUCCUAGUUGUUACAGCGAUUCAAUUGAGUUUGAUGUUAGCAUAUACGUUGUACAAAGAUAAUCGUGAAUCGCAAGCCAAAAAAUUCUACUAAAAAAAAACUUUUGAGGAUCAAUAAAUGAUUCGACGUGCAGCAAAAUUUUAUUUUUUUAUUUAAUUUCGAAAGUGAACAUGACUGAUCAUUUAAACGCGAAAAGCUUUUUCGAUAUUUGAUUAAAAAUCUUAAUACCUCCAAAGUGCUCAUCAAAGUCUUGGACUACGAUGAAUAUGUUGUUUUAGACAUUACAGUUUUGUUUAAUUUAAUUUGAGUCAUAUCAUCAUAAAUAAUCAAAUGUUGACCAUAACCAGGAAAAAGAGACAAUUUACUGUUCCAAAUUAUAAAAAUUGAGGAAAAAUUAAUUAAACGUGAACGCACACAGCACAUAAAGGAUUAGUUUUUUUUCUAUCGUUCCAUUUGCACUUUACGAUUAGCGGAUUUUCAUUUUAUUUUUCGUGAUGAUGAUUUUCACUUAAUUUCAGUUAACAGUGUCGGUGUUUAAUUUAUCAUUGUACAUAAACUUAGAUAAAAAAUUUUAUAAAUUAAACCGAAAAAAAAUGUCGAGAGAAUGUGUCAUUGAUUCAAACGAAGAUUUUUUUUUACAUUUUGCUUUAUAUUCCAUUCAACAAAAGUAUAUGAAAGUAAAGUUACAAGAAAACGCAUUUAGAAUUUUUUUUUAUUAAUUAAUGUUAUUUUUGAGUGAGUCUAAAUCAAUCGAAGGAUAAGCGAAUAGUGGAACAUUUGAAAUUUUCUUCUAAAUAAAAUUCUUAUCUGUCGAUGAAGAUUUGCCAGUGCUUGUUAAACUUAAAAAUAUUCCAAGUAAAACAUUUCGGAUUUGAAUCUGUUCCAUCUUGGUAAAGCUCCAAAAGUUGAUGGACUAUGGAUCUAACCAAAAGAAACUAUUUAAAUCCGAUUCGACUGCAACAGUUUGCUUAUCCUAACGAUGCGAUACUAAGUAAAAAAAUUCUUUUUAGUUCAUUCCAAAUGUUGUGAGUUAAUUAUAAAUAUUUCCUUUCACUUGCAUAGAAAACCAGUUGAAAUCUGAGCUUCCAUUUCAAUUAUUAUUCAAUCGAAAUGAAGACGAAUUACGGAUGAGGGUACGCGAUUUAUAUUGGCAAAAUGUACGUUAAUGUUUUAAUGUUUGAUAAACAUGGAUUGAGAAACAAUAAAAAUUACUCUAAUUUUCGACGAUGGUGAUUAUAAUAAAGUCGUACCUACUUUUCGUUGUGUAAGGACUUGUGUAAUAUUAAAAAUAUUUUUUCAAAUA